UAUCCUUGCACACAAACGUUUAUUUUUGAACGACAAGCACAUUUUGGAAUUAAGGUUGCAUCGCAACUAAAUAUAAACAUGUAACUUGAUCCUUUAAAAAGGAAUUAAAUGUAUGAUAUGCAUAUUUUAGCGCUUUGAUUCUCAGAUCGGAACGUUUCAUCAGUUGAUUUAUAUAAAACCCCAUUUUCUAGACCAAUUUAUGGCAAUACUUUUAUCGUUUUGUUUACACGUGUAUAAGAUUUGACACCCGUUUAUCUUUACAAUCUAGUCUGACACACUAACGACAGCUAACAUUUCAAAAACACUACAUGUAUGGUUAAUUAGUUCCAUGGCCUAUGAAAACAAUAAUUUACACUAACUUUUAUUCCAAACCCACACAAGCACAGACCGGUAAUGAAAACGGAACUGAAUUCUGAAAUAAAGUUCACGUUCUGCAUUUUGAGUCUGACAUUAAUACAUUAGUUUAACCUAGAUUGUUUUUGUAAGAUAUGUGUCACAUAGAGUAUGCUCCCUUUAUAAAAAAGACAUUUUUAAUUUUGGCACCAGAUGUGAUUGAAAGUCGACUUGAAAAACAGUAUGCAAAAACGAAGUGUCAAGUCUGGUGAUGAUAAACCAACUGCUGAAGAGACGAUGAAAACGGAGCCACUUUUAUCCCCAGACGGUGCUGGAGACCAAACAGUUAAAAUAUUUAAUUUUAAAGUCCACAAAGUCGUGUUAGUGGUUCAUAUUAAUAUUUUUCUGUAUGCAACAUGUUUUUGGAUCCAGACUGGGACACUGCCUUAUUUGUCAAAGCGGCUUGGCGUGGACCCGGUGGUGUUUGGAUAUCUACAGACGACGUUCGCCGUUGUUCAGCUGGCUGGCGGACCUCUGUAUGGGCGAUUCGGAGAUCUUUUCGGAGGUCGGGCUGCCAUGACCUUGGCCUUUUCGGCCUCGGCCUUGACCUACUUCCUUCUUGGAUUAUCCUACAACAUUCCACUACUGUUUGUAUCCAGGCUACCAUCAAUGUUCAUGCAUGCAAUGCAGGGAGGGCAAAUGAUUGUCACAGACUUAGGCGAGGUCCACAAGAGGGCGGAUGCAUUGGGGAAGCUGGGAAUGUCUUAUGGCGUUGGCAUGGUGAUCGGGCCUCUCGUAGGGGGACUUAUCACCAAACAUGUCAGUGAAGAGUUUGCUGCCUUUCUGGCAAGUGCUGGGUCACUGCUGAGUAUCGUCCUCGUUUUAGCUUUUGUACCGAAACACACCAAGAAACCAGAGGCGAAGGUCGCAGAGGAAGCCUCCAGUUCGAGUGUGUUCAACUUUAAGAAGAUCAUCAAUCUGGUUUUAGCACCCGGAGUUCUCUUUCUACUGCUUAUAAAGAUUGGAUCAGGAAUCCCAAUAGGAAUCUUUCAGAGCAUGUUCCAGGUUGUAGCCAUCGACACGUUUCACCUGGCCGCGGACCAGAACGGCUUUGUCAUGUCCUACAUCGGUAUCACUACAAUGAUUGUCCAGGGGAUUGGAAUCGGCAUCCUGACGAAGAGGUUCAGCGAAAACUCCAUUCUCAAGUGGUCAGCCUUCAUUUUGGUCUGGUCAUAUCUCCUGAUGGCGUUUUGUACUAACAUCUGGCAGUUGUGUGCUGUGUUUUUGCCUCUUGUCAUUGGCCUGACCACCAAGAAUGUUGUCCUUAGUGCAGCGGUGACGAAAACUGUCUCAGAUGCAGACACAGGUGCGAUGCUAGGCCUGAACAUGGCUGUACAUUCCCUAGUGAGAACCGUGUCGCCUACGAUCGGUGGUUACAUGUUGGAACAUCUAGGAUUCCCCUCGUUCGGCUACCUGGGAUUCGUUCUGUGUAGUAUCGUAACCGUGGUUCUCUUCAUCAAGUUCAGACAACCAUCAUAGCCUGUGGGUGUGUCUCAAAGGUGCUAGGUGGGACCUGGCCUGGUGCUUAUAAAACAUUUAGAGUCUAGACUUGAGAGUCAGAUAGAGUCUCUGAAACAGUAAUGUCAUGACAAUGCCAUACAAAUUGUAUGUGUGUGAUGUCAUUAGAGAUUGAGUCAGGGCCUGUGCUUAUAAAACGUAAAGUCUAGACUUUAUUAAAACAUUUAGAGUCUAGACUUGAGAGUCUGAUAGAGUCUCUGAAACAGUAAUGUCAUGACAAUGCCAUACAAAUUGUAUGUGUGUGAUAUCAUUAGAGAUUGAGUCAGGGCCUGUGCUUAUAAAAUUUAAAGUCUAGACUUUAACUUAUGCCAUUUGAAUGGCGUUGCCAUGACGUUAAAGUCUGGACUUUAUUAAAGUCUAGACUUUAAGGUUUAGAAGCACAGGGCCUAGACUCUAAAAGUUUUAUAAGCACGGGUCCUGGCCCUAUGGUUAUAGUUGUAGACUCAAGACUCUAAUAGAGUCAGGGUGAGACUUUGAGGCCAUGGCAAACACUCCACAAACUGUAUGUACAUGAGCUCAUUAAAAAUUUGAGUCCACACUCAAAAGUUUUAUAAUCACUGGCUUUGGUCUCACCAAUUUUGAAGAUUAUGCAUAGUUCUCAAACAACCCCUCCCCACGAUGAAAAGCAAAUACAUGUAUAUCUACCUUCACCCCCACCAUUCCAGUUGCUGGCAUCUUCUGCUUAGACCGGCCUCGGUGGCGUUGUGGUUAGGCCAUCGGUCUACAGGCUGGUAGGUACAGGGUUUGGAUCUCAGUUGAGGCAUGAGAUUUUUAAUCCAGAUACCGACUCCAAACCCUGAGUGAGU